AUGCAGGAUAACAACAUCAAUUCCUUGUAUAAAGAAGGUUUUGAAAAUUUUCAUGUAAGGUUGGAAGAGUUUUUAACUGUAAACGAAAUAAUCUGUGAUAAAAAUUCAGCAUAUUUUAAGAUAUGUUCAAGUGCAUAUGUUGAAUCAACAGAUAUAAUUCAAACAUCAGGAAGUUAUUAUGGUAAUGAAUGGUUUAGCGACAUUGUAAUUUCUUCUAAUGAAGAAACUAUGUG